UUUCAUUUGCCUACUAAGCAAAAGAACAUUUUCUAAUUUCUAUAUGAAUGGUUUGUAUCUUAUCUCAAUCCACAAAAAACACUCGUGUGCGCGUGAUCAUAAUAAACGCCAUGGAAUCAAAUUCAGAGAAGAAUAUCAACAUCAGCGUAGGUUCUUCCGGUGGUGGUAGUGAACAUGUUCCACUAGUAACCGUCGCAAAACAACCAACGACAGCAACAGAAACCGUAGCCAAAGGCGAAACAAGAGCCAAAGCGACAAGACAUCCAAGAUGGACAAGACAAGAGUCCCUUGUUCUCAUAGAGUCCAAGAAACUUGUCGAGAGUGGGGAACAGAUUAACAGGUACCAAUCGCCACCUGGGUUUGUUGUUCUUCAGACGGAUCCAAAGUGGGAUAUGGUUUCAUCGUUGUGCCAGCAACGAGGUGUUAAGAGAGGCGCUGUUCAGUGUCGAAAAAGAUGGGGGAACCUUCUCACUGAUUUCAGGAAGAUCAAGAAGUGGGAAACAAAUGUGAAGGAUGAGAAUGAAUCGUUUUGGAUGAUGAGGAAUGAUAAGAGAAAGGAGAACAAGUUGCCGGGGUUCUUUGAUUCUGUAGUCUACAAUGUUCUUGAUGGAGGGGUAUGCACUGCAGCCGCGUAUCCAUUGACGCUUAUUAAGGGCCCACCAAAACAAGAAAAUAUUAGUGGUGGUGGUGGUGAUCGGGGGGAAGGAGAAGGUGUGGUGACGGCAAGCAAGAAGGAUCAUCAUCGCAGUCGCAAUCAACCUCAUCGCCAGAAUCAUGACGAGGUUGAUGAGGACGACGAUAUGGAGGAUGAUGAGACCAUUGUGGACAGUGAGAUGGGUUGGAGCACUGAAGAGGAGAACAACACUAAUUCUACGACAGAGACAGGGAAGGUGAAUAACAGUAGUCUAAUGCUGUUGAAAACACCUACUGUUGCAGGUGCUAAGGAAACGGUGAUGAAUAUGAUGAUGGUGAUGGGGAGUACACAGAAGAUACCGUUACCCAAAUUGCCUACUUCAGCAGAGAAACAACCAACACCAACAUCUUGCAAAGGGAACUACGACCAUCCACCAGGCUUUCAAAGAGAAGGUGUGUCACAGGAGGGGCACAAGAAGAGGAGAUUAUCACCAGGUAAUAGUGAACACACCACAAAUUUCAACAACAACAUUGUCAGAGUACUAAGAAGGAACAAUAACAUGCUGAAAGCACAUCUUGGGGCUCAGAAUAUGAAUUACCAGUUGGCCAGAGAACAUCAGAAGGAGCAAACAGAUAGCUUGCUUGCAGCCCUUGGCAAGCUCACAGAUGCUCUAUCAAAAAUUGCUGACAAGCUGUGACUAUAUUCAGAUUUAAGAAGGAACAUAACUCUUAGCAUUUCCUUCUCAUGAUACCUUUUUUAUUUUUGGGUGGAAACAACUUUUCUUAUCAUUUGUUAACAUCUCUCUCUCUCCCUCUCCCCCCCCUCCCCCUCUCUAAUUCCUGCAAGUAUUUAGGAAGAAUAGCUAAUAAGUAUUGAAUAUGUGCUAAUAAUCCUCUUACUCUGACCCAGUCAGCAACAGUUGCACAGAACCAGAAGGAUCUAAGAAAUUACCAUUUUACAUUAAUCACUUUGUUGUUUAUAACGUCCCUUAAGUUCCUUUACAGUCAAGCUAUAUCCAGCAACCUGUAAAACUUUUCUUUUCUAUUUUUUUUCCCAACAGUUUUUGUCUAUACUCAUGUAUUCAUUACAAUAAGCUCACGGUGUGUAAGAACCUGGCAUCUAGAUUAGGUAGAAAAAUGAAACAUAGUAGAAGGGCAAAGGAGAUGCAGUGAUAUCAAUGAGAUAUCAUCCAAUUUCCCAGUAUUUGCUUGUAUUAUGCAGUAAAAGGACUGAGUGACAAAAGCAUCAGGUAUUUGCGAGACCUGAUUCUCUCCUAGUGCCUAAUCCUAUUAUUUCUCUCUAUUUUUAUGCCCUCUCACUACUUCCCACAGCCCUUUAUAGUUCCCACCUCUCUCUCAUAACAGAAUGCUCCCUCUCUCUCUCACUCACUUUCCAGCUAGGCAAGUUAGUUACAAAACCCACCUUAGCCCGUAUUCAUUCAAUUACAAUUAGGUCCCUAAUUUCUAAUAAACUUGGUACGUAACACGGUGACACAUAAAUGAGUAGGGAACUAAGCUAAAACCUAAAAGUGAAGCUAAAGCAAGAGAAAACUUGAACAAUAGAGGAUACAUGAUGCACAUACUGAUUAUAAAGGAAGCUAAGUCCUCAACAAAGGUUGGAGCAAGUUAACAUUAUUACACAAAGGAAGAUCCAGUGGAUCAACUCAGGCUUAGUUUCAAAAUUGAAAUUCAAUUGAUUAUUUUUUUUUAAA